AUGUUCAUCACCCCGUCGAGAGAACGCAUCAUCUUGGAGAUGACUAAUUUGGAGGGAAGACGGAAAAUCGGAGAUGGCUGGAAACGCAUGGAUGCCGUCGACCUUCGCGCCUACAUGGGGCUGCUGCUUUUAGCUGGCGUCUACAGGUCCCGAGGCGAGGCGACCGCCAGUCUGUGGGACGCUGAGAGCGGACGGUCCAUCUUCCGCGCCACGAUGCCGCUGAAAGUGUUUCACGCCUACUCUAGACUGCUGAGAUUCGACGACCGCGAGUCGAGACCUGCCAGACGCGCGGUCGACAAACUGGCGGCCGUAAGAGAGGUCUGGGAUGCGUGGUCCGAGUGGCUGCCGUCCCUCUACAACCCCGGGCCGGAGAUAACGGUGGACGAACAGCUGGUUCCGUUUAGAGGGCGUUGUCCCUUUCGGCAGUAUAUUCCCAGCAAGCCAGCGAAAUACGGGAUCAAGACGUGGGUGGCGUGCGACUCUAAAUCCAGUUACGCUUGGAAGAUGCAAGUGUACACAGGGAAGGCCGCGGCCGCAGACGCAGCUGCGGGCCACGACCGGGGCGAGGAAGAGGAAGAGGUGUCAGUUUUGCCCGCGGGCAAAGGACAACAAAACUUCCACUGUGUGCAGCGGGUGUAA